CGCCCGCGGCGGGGCGGGGCGGGGCGCGGCGCUGAGCUCAUCGCCCGGCGCCGGGCGCGGAGGACGCGAGGCGCCGCGGGCGUCUCGGCGCCGCGGGCGUCUCGGCGCCGCUUCCCUCUGCCCGUCUGGCCGCAGAUGUGGGCCGGGGCGCCGCUCCUGCGCUGCGGGGCGCGGCUCGGGCACCGGCUCCUCCCGCGGCGGCGGCAGCAGCGAGCCCGCGGCGCCAUGAGGCUGGAGUCGCCCCAGUUCCAGGCGCUCUUCACGCCGGGGCUGCGGGGCGUGGCGGAACUGUUUGAGAAGAAGAACUAUGAGCUGAGAAUAGCAGGAGGUGCCGUGAGGGAUUUGCUUAGCGGGAUGAAACCAGAAGAUGUAGAUUUUGCCACUACGGCUACGCCAGCAGAGAUGAAGGAGAUGUUCACGUCUGCUGGUGUUCGUCUGAUCAAUAAUAAAGGAGAGAAACAUGGAACCAUUACUGCCAGGCUCCAUGAACAGAACUUUGAAAUAACUACUCUUAGAAUAGAUGUUGUCACUGAUGGACGACAUGCAGAAGUAGAAUUCACCACUGACUGGGAAAAGGAUGCUGAAAGGAGAGAUCUCACUGUCAAUUCCAUGUUUUUAGGUUUGGAUGGAAUGCUGUAUGACUUCUUUAAUGGAUAUGAAGACUUAAAAAACAAGAAAAUCAGAUUUGUAGGACAGGCAAGUGAGAGAAUACAGGAAGACUAUUUACGAAUCCUGCGAUAUUUCAGGUUUUACGGAAGAAUCACAGAAAAGUCUGGUGAUCAUGAAUCCAGCACACUGCAAGCAAUUAAAGAAAAUGCCAAAGGUUUGGCUGGAAUAUCAGGAGAAAGAAUUUGGGUGGAACUGAAGAAAAUUCUUCUUGGAAACCAUGUAAAUCAUUUGGUUCGACUUAUGUAUGAGCUUGAUGUUGCCCAAUAUAUAGGACUACCACUUAGUGGAAAUUUAGAGGAAUUUGACAGAGUCACUAAAAGCGUUCAAAAUCUGUGUCCAAAACCAAUGACUGUUCUAACGUCACUGUUCAAGGUGAAGGAUGAUGUCAUAAAUCUUGAUUUGAGGCUGAAAAUCUCAAAAGAAGAGAAGAACCUUGGCCUUUUUCUAUUGAAGCACCGGGAAGACUUAACCAAAGCUAUGGGUCCAGAACCACUUAAGCCGUAUCAGGACUUCAUAAUGGAUUCUAGGGAAGCUAAUACAAAUUCCAGGAUCUGUGAGCUUCUAAAAUACCAAGGAGAAGAACAUCUUUUAAGAGAAAUGCAGCAAUGGACUGUUCCUUCUUUUCCUGUUAGUGGCCAUGAUUUAAGAAAAAUGGGAGUUUCUUCUGGGAAAGAAAUUGGAACAGCUUUACAACAGUUGAGGGAUGAAUGGAAGAAGAGUGGAUACCACAUGGAUAAAGAAGAACUCUUAAGUUGCCUGAAAAAGCUGUAAAACUGUAUAAUAGUUGGGAAUUGUUUAUGCCCUAUCUAAAUAGAACCAAGGUACUAGUAAAUAUGUUGUCAAUGUAUUAUCAGGUAAUAUAGCAUUUUGUAUUGUAAAGACCUUUACAGGCAAACUGUUCUCCCACUUACUAAUUCAUAAGAGGUUCUGCAAGCACAGGGUUAAUUUUGCAGUGAAGUAAAAUGUUAUUUGCCAAAUUCUAAAAAGCCUACCUCUUUUUUGUUGGGUUUUAAUGAUAAAUACUUGCUACUUCAUAUUCACUUAGGACAAAUAGAAGGGACAUCAGCAUUUUUCUUGUUCUGACUUUACUACAUCCUCGAAGGGUACCUUCUGUGCUCUAGAGAAUAUCAUCUUCCUCAUGCUUUCUUUUUUUCUUUUUUUUUCUUUCACUCUAGGAGAGUGGUAAAACUAGAAAUAAAGUGAUCUAGAUGUUUUUGUAGUUAAAGCUAAGUAUCAAAUUGAAAUCUUCAUGUGCUGUCUUACCAUGUAAAACAUGGAUGUUUUCUUGAAGGAUUUUAUUUUUCAUAAUUCUAGAAUGAAUUUUUGCUUAAUAGGAUAACUUGACUGACUCAGUUUCACAGGCACUAUCUACUUGGAUAUGUGAACUUCCUCUCUCUCCAGUAGUCUUCACAGGGAGGAGUAAGUCACUGAAAUAACUAAGUUUAUAGAAGACUGGUGAAGGGUUCUACAAUAUGUUUUCAGCUUUUUAUGUGAAACAUUAGUGUUAAUAGUAGAAAGGAAGGGAGAUCAGUGUUCCCUGCCUUCUGUUUGUUUGUUUUUUUUCCCCGGGCCAGGUCAGAGACUCCUGUUUUCCUUCCUUUUCUUUCACAGCACACUGGUUCCAAAGGAAUUAAGAUGACAUUGUUAAUGUGCCUAAACAAAAUGAACUUGAGCUAAAUCAUGUAGUUCUGUCACCUUUAAAGUACAAACGCUCUAGAAAGCUUGCCAGUUUGCAUUCAGUAAUUCUCCACACAUCUUCUCCUGUAACGUGCAGCAGUAAGACAUAGAGGCGUUUACCCACUCUGCCUUGCAGUUCUCUUGAAAGCAGAAGGAUUACUUCAGGAAGAAGUCUUUAAUAUCCUUACUAUUGUCAGAACAGGAUCCUCCGUAAUUACAUGAAAACUGCAUUAAUUCUGUGUUAAUUAUCCAUAUGUCUGCCAACAACCAAAAUGAUUAACAAAAGCUUCAAUAUAUAUAUAUGUAGAUUUUAUUAGCAGUUUUAAGUCUUCCUAUGAAACUAUGGAUUACUAUAAUAAAAUUUUGUUUCCAUUUU